AUGGCAUCACAGAAGAAGGAGUUCAGCACGGUGCUGUUCUUGUCAACUGCAUUGCUGGCUCUGUCGGCUUUCAACUAUGGUCUCAGCGACCAGGCAUUUUCUUCGUGCCAGGCGAUGGAUUCUUUCAUCCGCCAGUUUGGGAAGUAUGAUGCCUCAACCGAUGCUUGGGCUAUCCCAGCUUUGUACACGUCUAUGUACAAUAGUAUCAAGGCAGCUGGUCAAAUUGUUGGGGUUUUCAUCGGCGGCUACGUUAGCAACACAUGGGGACGCCGCAUGUGUAUCUUUACAAUGAGUAUAUAUGCUCUUGGUAGUGCUUCUGUGAUUAUCAGUGCCACAACUCAAGCUCAGCUGCAAUCAGGCAGAGCGCUUCACUAUAUCUACCUUGGUAUGCAGUUGGCUGUUAUCCCUACCUUUUUGGCUGAAUUGGCACCGGCCAAGAAUCGUGGUGGAAUGGGCGUCAUUUACUGGCUCAGUAUUAAAGCCGGUGGUCUCUUCAUCACCGGUGUGGCCCGAGCGACGAAGAAAAUGACAACGGACGCGGCCUGGAGAAUUCCAUUCGGUCUUAUCCUUGUCAUUCCUUUUGUGGUGAUCUGCUUGGUCUGGUUCAUCCCCGAGUCUCCUCGAUGGUACCUUCUUCGCGACUGUCACUCUGAAUCCCUCGAGUCUCUCGUUCGUCUCAAGCCCAAUAAUACUUCCGAGGAGCAGAUUCAUCAGGAUUUUGAAAUUCUGUCGUCGAAGGUUGCUGAGCAACUUCAGAAGAAGUCAUUCAAGGAUCUGUUCAACAGACAGAAUAGACAACGUACAUUUGUGGUUGCUGCUGCGAACUUCUUCCAACAGGCUACUGGUCAGGCUUUUGCUUCUCAAUACGGAACUCUGUUUGUCAAACAGUUGAAAUCUGUUAAUCCGUUCAGUGUUACCCUCGGCACUAACGCGGUGGAUAUUGGUGCGAUUAUUAUCACUGCAUCAUUGAUCGAUGUUGUCGGACGUAGGGCCCUGUUCCAUACCAGUUCUGCAUUCCAGACUGUAUCCCUGAUGACCAUGGGAGGUCUUGGAACGGCAGAUUCCAGCAACCUCGACGCCAAAAAAGGAAUCGUAGCAAUGCUUCUGAUUUUCAGUUUCAGCUGGUCUCUCGGUUGGGCUCCUUUAGUAUAUGUUCUUGGUACUGAGCUUCCAUCUUCUCCGUUGCGUGAGAUGACCCUGCAAAUUGCGUAUACCGUUAAGCUUAUCACUGAAUUCGCCGUGACGUUCACGUACCCAUACAUGGAGACAGCUGAUACACCGCACCAUGUUGAUAUCGGUGGUCGACUUGGCUUUAUUUACGGCUCACUCUCGGUCGUCGCUUUUGUUUUUGGGUGGUUUUGCAUUCCCGAAACUAGAUGCCUGGAGAUUGAGGAUCUCGAUAGACAACUUGCCUUGGAUGGCAAAUUUGUGGAUAUCGAGGAGUCGAAGCAAUUUGAGCGAGCGACCGUAGAAGAGGUUCCUAACUAA